UUAUGAAAACAUACCAUGAACAAUUAAUAAUUAGGUGUGUUUUGAUAAAUAGUUGAUAGUUCAGCUAGGAAACUCAAAAAACUGAAAUACGUUAGAUGUAUUUUUGUUGUUAUUAACUUAUAUGCAUCUACUUCACAUUCAGAAUCAUGCAAUCGCCGGAAAAUUGCGCAACGAUGACCAUCGCAAAUAGGUCCGGCGCCGGCGGAGGUAGAUAUUACAAACACAGCAACAUUAGUAAUGGAAAUAAAAGAGCUAUUGAAGUAUCGAUUUAAGACCAGGAAGCUUCUAGAAGAAGCAUGCACUUAUCAACUAUUUAUCAAAUCACACCUCCACAAUUAUUGCUUAAGUUUCAUACCUAAAAGCUCAACUACGAAACUCAAAAAAACGAAAUACGUUAGAUGUGUUUUUGUUAGUGUAAACGGAAAAUUGGCAAGUGUAAACGGUCUGUGAAACAAAACAAUAGAUUUGAGGGAUCUAUAUGUAAGGCCUAUCUUGUUGCGGAAACCUCUCACUUUUGUUCUUAUUAUUUUGAAAAACACGUACCGUGUUUGAGACAUAGGACAAUUCGACAUAGUGAAGGUAAGAAUGAUCCUUUGGCCCCACCAUUAUCCAUAUUCAAUCAACCAGGUAAGGGUUCUAAAACCACCAUGAGAAGAUUCUUGACUGAUAUGGAGAGAAAGUCAGCCACGACACAUGUAUUAUUGAAUUGUCCGAAAGUUCAAUCAUAUUAUAAUUUGUUCUUGAGUUUGUAUGGAUAUGAUGCUGUUUAUUCUCAUUUUAGCGAGUGGUUCAAAUCUUCUGUUAAUGAUCCAAAUAAUAACAUGACCAACCAAUUUUUUAAAGAUAUAGCUUGGGGGCCAAGCCCAUUGGUCAAAACGAUGAAUAAGUACAAUGUCAAUGGACAUAAGUUCUGCACAGAAGAAAGCUCCAAGUAUUAUAAAAGCAAUAACAUUGGGGUUUGGGUUAAAGGAGACACUAGCAAUAAGGAUGGAGAUGUUGAUUAUUAUGGUGUGCUCCAAGAGAUUUUAGAAUUAGAUUUUCCUGGGUGGCCACACAAAAAGUUGAUACUUUUUCGAUGUAAGUGGUUUGACCCAACACCAAAAAUUGGUACAAGGGUGGACCCACAUUACAAAAUUGUUGAAGUUAAGCAUACAAGGCAGUAUGGAAGCUAUGAUCCUUUUAUCAUUGCGCAAAAUGUUAAACAGGUCUAUUAUGCUCCUUAUCCAUUAACUCUACUGAAUCUCCCAAACGAAGCAGUUAGAACCAGGAGGGUCAAAUGGAUGGGUUGGCCUGAAUUUAGAUAAGUAAAUAUGCGUAGA